CUGCUUACUCAAACCUCUUCCGCUCAAGCCCCUCCUCUCAGCCCUCCUGUCUCAAACUUGAAGAUUGGCGGUGCCGGUUCGGCUGCAGCGGCGCGCCUCCUCGCCCUUCAACUGAUUUGAAGAAGAAGAAGAAAAGAAAGAAAAAGAAAGAAAAAAUGCCCUUUUAUAUCGGACACCACCGCUGCACCUGUCCCGACCGAGAGGUGACUAUUUAAUGAAGCGUAAUGGUCGUCAAUAAUACUUCAAAAAGAGGAGCAGCGGCGCCGAUGGACAAACGCAUGGACUCGCUGGAACAACCGCGGUUACAACAAUCUCAAGGCAAAGGAGCUCGAAGUAAAGGCCGAUUUAAAGGUUCAGACGGCAGCACCUCCUCCGACACCACAACCAACAGCUUCGUGCGCCAGGGUUCGGCCGACUCCUACACCAGCCGUCCAUCAGACUCCGAUGUGUCCCUCGAGGAGGAUAAGGAGGCAGUGCGCAGAGAGGCAGAGCGACAGGCUCAGGCACAGAUCGACAAGGCCAAGACCAAAGCAGUUGCAUUUGCUGUUCGCACAAAUGUCAACUACAGUCCGUGUCACGAUGACGACGUCCCCGUGCCGGGCAUGGCCGUGUCCUUCGAGGCGAAAGACUUCCUCCAUGUCAAAGAGAAAUUCAACAACGACUGGUGGAUAGGACGCCUGGUGAAGGAAGGCUGUGAAAUCGGUUUCAUCCCCAGUCCAGUGAAGCUUGAAAACACUCGACUCCUCCAGGAGCAGAGGUCCAAACAGGGCAAGUUCCACUCCAGUAAAUUGGGAGCAAACUCAUCCUCUAGUUUAGGUGAAGUGGUUCCCAACUCACGGAAAUCGACACCUCCUUCGUCUGCUCUUGACAUAGACGCCACAGACUUAGACCCCGAGGACAAUGAGCUUCCAGUCAACCUGCGCUCCCCUAAAGCCAGUCCAAACACUGUCAUGUCACCACUAGCAAAAGAGAAACGAAUGCCCUUCUUUAAGAAGGCGGAACACAUUCCUCCGUACGAUGUUGUGCCUUCUAUGCGGCCCGUGGUUUUGGUUGGACCGUCACUGAAGGGCUACGAGGUGACGGACAUGAUGCAAAAAGCGCUGUUUGACUUUUUGAAACACAGAUUCGAGGGAAGAAUAUCGAUCACUCGCGUCACGGCGGACAUCUCUCUGGCCAAGCGCUCCGUCCUGAACAACCCCAGCAAGCACGCCAUCAUCGAGCGCUCCAACACGCGCUCCAACCUGGCUGAGGUCCAGAGUGAGAUCGAGAGGAUUUUCGAGCUGGCCCGGACGUUACAGCUGGUAGUUCUGGACGCCGACACCAUCAACCACCCGUCACAGCUGGGGAAGACGUCCCUCGCCCCCAUCAUCGUCUACGUCAAGAUCACCUCCCCCAAGGUGCUGCAGAGGCUCAUCAAGUCCAGAGGCAAGUCGCAGGCCAAACACCUCAAUGUCCAGAUGGUGGCCGCCGACAAGCUGACUCAGUGCCCUCCUGAGAUGUUUGACAUCAUCCUGGAUGAGAACCAGCUGGAGGACGCAUGUGAGCACAUGGCUGAUUACCUGGAGGCCUACUGGAAAAGCACUCACCCCACCAGCUGCAACCCGCCCAACCCACUGCUCAGCAAGCUGCCCACAGCCACCCUGCCCUCCAGUCCAGUGCCGGUGUCCGGCGUGCAGGGGGGCAUUGCAGAGCAGAAAGGAGAGAAGGCAUUAGUGGAGAGAAAGAGCUCCAGAGAUGACCACCAGCACCAUCACCACCACCACCACCACCAGGACCAGGACCAGGCCCAGGACCAGGCCGACGCCGACGCCGAGGCCGAGGGGGAGGGGGAGUGCAACGAGGAGGAGCGGCCUCUGAGGACCGAGGCCUCCAGGAGAGCGCCGCACAUCCACCACCGGUCGUCUUCCACCCGGACUGAGCACCACAACCACUAUCACCACCACGGCCCUCGAGGGCGGGGCCUCUCCCGCGAGGAGACUUUGGACUCGGAGACCCCCGAGAGCCGAGAGAGCCGAGAGAGCCGAGAGAGCAAGGACUCUGCGUACAACGAGCCGCGCACUCAGCUCCACCGCCAGGAACAGGAGGAGGAGGAGGAGGAGGAGGAAGAUGAGGAAGAGGAGGAGGAUCUAGGGGAGGGGCAUCCCCAGGAGCAACAGCGUUACGAGCCACUGCCCCACCGGGACCACAACCACCACCACCACCACCACCGCGGUGGGGCGGAGGAGGCCGGCCACAGCGCGGGACGCCACCGCUCGAAGGAGCGCGAGCAGGACCACAACGAGCGGAACAAGCAGCGCUCGCACCACCACCGGCCGGCGCGCGACCACCACCACCACUACUACGACCGGGACAGGGACCGGGACCGAGAGGGGGAGGUGGCUCCCAAAAAGAGGGGCGAGGCCGGGGAGUGGGCCAGAGACUCCUACAUCCACCAGUGACGGACCAAAUCCCCCCCGAGGCUCAGCUGGACUCGGCUCUGUUCUCCACCGUGCUGCUACGCCCCGAGACCACAGCAUCCUAUUUAUGUACACUUCCUUUGUAAAGGCUGUUGCAUCUUUUUCCGUGGCAGGAUUUUGAUGACAUAGAUACAAAUAUAAAUAUAUAAAUAUAUGUAUGUGUGUAUCUAUGCAUAGACGUCGUUUAUGUGUGGAUAUGCAUGAAUAUUCUCAAAUAUGCAUAUUUUAAAACCUGUGUUCGAUAAAGCAUGACACAAAAGCGGAAUAUUUUUGUUUCUGUACUCAGCUGUGCAUUCUGUGAUUAGCCAUUUUAAUUUGGUAUUGUUUUUAUUGAUUCUGCUUGCUACCACUUGAAUAACUUGUUCCUUCAGACUACAGCGAGGGUUGACCGACGGUUGACUGACAGAGGGAGUUGGAUGCUGUAUUGUGCAGCCGUCUUUUGUUUAGACGGGUAGUUUUAUCGAUUUGGGUAAAAGGCUACGCUUGUUCGCCAUCUUGCUGAGAACUACCAGUUUAUUGGGUACACCGAGCUCAAAUAGCGCAGUCCAAAACAACAGUCCUACCCUCUUGACGGUUGUAAUGUUGAGCUGUGGAAAUCUACUGUGUUGUUGUAUUGGAAGGUGUUUCUAUUAUUCUGUCCACCCCCAUUGCUAUGCAUGACAGUGGUCUCUAAACAACAGGAACACGAAUGUUGUGUUCGACCUGAACAACUGCCAACCGAGUCCAGAGGAGAAGAUCAUAACACUCAAAUAUGAAGCUGCGGCUAUCGGCCCCCAAACAUCCGACGCUCACCACUUCACACUUUAUAUCUCGUUUCUUUCGUCUGAACAGAAAAGUACUUCUAAAAACUAGUUUGGGUUUUACUGAAGCUCACCUCCUGUAAGCUAACUGGCUGCUAACGCUAGCUGCAGCAUAUCUAUCUUUUAAUAUUCGAAAGUGGUAUCGAUCUUCUCCUCCAACUCUCGGCCAGAAAGACGAUAAACAUAUUCCCCGAUGCGUUCGACCGCUCCUUCUGAUUUUAUGUUCUGGCUUAGUUUCUGUUUUAAAUUCUGCGUCCAUGAUUUGAGACAUUUGGUUUUAACGUAUUUAAGCCUCGCUCCAGGUGCACCUUAGUCUUGCUUUCCAAGACAAACGAGUUCUCCAAUAACUUCCUCUCUUGAUGCAGUACUGUUUGUUCUUUGUAUGGGUCCAGAAGCAUUUUAUAACAUUGAUACACUCUUUAAUCUGCACUUUUACUGGUUCACGUUGGUUUCAAGUGACAUUUGAUAUGAAACUUUACUGUAGGUCGACAACCAAAACUCCAUCAAGGUUAAUCCUUCAUUAAGUCUGAGCCCCCUUUUUUUCUAAUGAAUGUAAUUUAAUUCCUACUUAAACUCCAGAGUUUAGAGAACGUUUAUCUGAAGAUCUCUUCCUCCGUUUGUUCCUCACUAAAAUAAAUCGGCAGAUUCCCAAAUGUACGUAGACAAAAUGAGUUGAGUCUUCUACCAUGUGUUCACUCUCCUGACAAACACGAUCUAUUCCACGAGCCAACGACGUUGGACCCACUUUAAAAUCUUCUUGUAUUAAUUCACGAUACGGAAAAUGUGAAUUACGCCCCUCCGUUUACAAACGUCACUUUCUCUGAUUUUGCCUGACAAUUGUAAUUCUAAAAGACUCCGUUUCUAUGCUACGUUGGUAGCUCUACAUCUUUUUUUAACUGUGUACAUGUGUAUGUACAUAAUGCAUAAAUAUAAAGAAUAAAGUUGGCAGCGAAGAAGUGA